CCUGUCGACCCCUUCCUCCCUCAUCCCCAUCUCUUCGCCGCCGCCCCCUUCCCGAUCUAGAUUCCUCCUCCGCCGCCCCUCCCUUCCACCACUCAGUCGCCCCCUUAGCAGAUCAAGCGAGCCGCCCAACCUCACCGGCCUCCUCUAUCUCUUCCGGUUAGAUCCGACGGGCACAUCUUCCUGCAGCCUCCACUCCACCGUAGGCAUCCUUUCCCCUCCCUCUCCGUAGAUCCUUUUGAGAAGCCACGUCGAGGGCGGCGCCGCCACUAGCGGGAGGGGGAUGGCGCCACCACCAGCCACGGCGGAGAGGUGGAGCCCUGGCACCCCCGACGGCUUCGCCGUCCCCAGGAGCCACUUCACCCUGCGCCUGAGUGCCAGCUGCUGCUCCUACCACAUCACCCCGCCGGUGAGCAGCGGCGGAUGGUCCCGGCCGCCCAGGGCGCCGCCGGCGACGGAUUCCCCGUAUGUGAGGGCGAAGCAGGCGCAGAAAGGUACCAAGAGGGUGCAUUUUGUGAGGAACUUGAUCAGGGAGGUCGCUGGGUUUGCCCCGUAUGAGAAGCGUAUCACUGAGCUUCUCAAGGUUGGCAAGGACAAGCGUGCCCGGAAGGUGGCGAAGCAAAAGUUGGGUACCCACAAGAGGGCGAAGAAGAAGAAGAGAGGAGAUGUCCAGUGUCCUCAGGAAGAUGAGCGGGCUCCUGAAGCAUUAACUUCAGUAACGGUGCUCUGCUUCUCCACGGGCUCGUUCACCAUUCGUUCAACUUUAGAGCUCAUCAGCACACCUGCUUCGAAGCUCACCCGUCCGUCGUCAUCGCCUUCGAUGACGACGAGGACACCGUAGGCACCGUCGGCCUCGGCGGCGGCUUCCACCACUACCACAUCGUCGUCACCUACCAAGGCGUCAAGGGGUGAAUUGAUUUGAUCGUUAAUAUGUGGCUGGAUGUGAUGUUUUGCAGGUUGAAGGUGCUAAGGUGUUGGAGACGUGCCUGUACUUGUUGAGCGUUUUAUCUGUAGAGUGCUAUAUUGUGAUUGGUGUAAUAUUGUAUGGUUAUAUUGUGAUUGGUGGAAUGUAAUAAAAUUGAUUGGUACAUCGGUGAUUUGGAUAUUAUUUGAAUAUAUUUAAAAUGUGUUCUCUGAUUGGUA